UGCUUCAUACUACGUCACAUCAUUUCGGAACACUUUCACAGCAUACUUUAUCAGCGCCAUGCUGUAAGUGCAUAUAGUGUGUUACGGAACACACCCACAGUAUAUUGGCCAUCUCUCUUUCGGCUCGCGCUUAUACUACAGUGGGCGCGUUUCAUGUUGAGUAUAGUUCAGGGAUUUUACUGUGAUAUGAAUCGUUCUCAAUUAUUCUACAAAGCUGUGAAGGUGACUUUCCUAGUGCUGUUCGUUUGCAUUGGAAACCUAUUAUUAUUACACAAAGCAGAAAGUAUUUGAUUAAACAUGCUUGCUACUUAUUCUAGAAUCUUUAGACGUAAUGUGCAACUUCAUAUAUUAUAUCAACGAUUUCAAUCAACUUUGGUUAUUGCUGAACACAAUAAUAAAAAGUUACUGCCAAUUACUCAAAAUGUAUUAACAGCUGCGAAAAAAAUUGGCAGUGAUAUCACAGUACUAAUUGCUGGUGUGAAAUGUAGUUCAGUUGUUCAAGAUGUGAGUAAGGCAAAUGGUGUAACCAAGGUUCUUGUGGCUGAGAAUGAUGCAUUUACAGGACUUAGUGCAGAGGCUUUAACACCUCUAAUUCUAGCAACUCAAAAACAAUUUAAUUUCAGUCACAUUUUAGCUGGAGCUAGUGCAUUUGGUAAAACUUUAUUGCCAAGGGUUGCAGCUAAACUGGAUGUGUCACCAGUAAGUGAUAUUAUUGGAAUUAAAUCUCCAGAUACUUUUAUCCGCACUAUUUAUGCUGGGAAUGCCUUUCAAACGAUAAAGGUGAAAGAUAUUAUAUCAGUAGUAAUAGUUAGAGGCACAUCAUUUGAACCAGCAUCAUUAGAAGGUGGUAAUGCUGCAAUUGAACCAGCGCCAACUGGAGAUUAUAAGACUGAUUCAGUCGAAUUUAUUAAACAAGAACUUAGUAACUCUGACAGACCUGACCUUACAUCUGCCAGAAUAGUUAUUUCGGGAGGACGUGGAAUGAAAUCUGGCGAUAACUUCAAGCUACUCUAUGUAUUGGCUGAUAAACUAAAUGCAGCUGUCGGUGCAUCUCGAGCUGCUGUUGACGCUGGUUUUGUACCUAAUGACUUGCAAGUGGGACAAACCGGGAAGAUUGUGGCACCGGACCUUUAUAUAGCCGUUGGAAUUUCUGGGGCGAUUCAACAUCUUGCUGGAAUGAAGGAUUCUAAAACAAUAGUAGCUAUCAACAAGGAUCCCGAAGCUCCCAUUUUUCAAGUCGCUGACUACGGGUUAAUUGCAGACCUAUUUAAAGCUGUGCCUGAAUUAACGGAAAAACUGUAAUUCAUUCAAAGUCUAAUAAAAUUGGUGAACAGAUACUCACGAUAUUUCACGUACUAAAAAAAAUAAAUAAUAUGUAUAUGUUAAAUCAGUACGAUGUAUCCACAGUAAAAGUGUAAAUUGAAUUAAUGCGUCCAACCCUGUUAUACAUUUGAAAGUGAAUACAUAUUAUAAGACAAA